CUCAAGAAAAUAUACCAGCUGCAAAAGCAAUCGCUAAAUCAAUAGAAAAACAAAUCCAUAGUUGUCCGCCUGAACAUAAACUUCCCGUUUUAUAUUUACUUGAUUCUAUUAGUAAAAAUGUUGGUGGACCUUUU